CCUGUUGCUCGAGGCAGCCUUGAGUCGCGUUGGGCCAUAUUACUUACUAUUGUGCAUACUUGAGAGGUGCUUCAUGCUUCAGAGGAUAAGGGGAACUUUUCACGCAUGCCCAAUACGGAGGAAGAGGAAAAGGAAGCAUGUAAUCCUUUACCAAUAUGGCGGCCGUAUUUUACAGAGCUCGAUGCAUGAUUUUCUGGUUUUCUAUACACAUAGCUAAGCCAAAAAUACAGCGAUUAAGGGCAUCUGUAUGAGAACUUUAGGUGGCGGUAGUGAAUACAUUUCACCUCUCUUUCUCCUUUAAAAAAUAUGCUUCUCUAAAAAGCAAACUGGGUAUCAAGUGGUAUGAAGCAGUGAAUUAUUUUUACCAGUGUGUUUUUUGACUAUUUUUACCAUUUAUGAAUCAUUCAGAAAAUCUAGAAGCAAAGGCAGCAGUACAACAAAGAAGACAAAAGUAAAGGUUUUUGUUAUUGUUGCAGUGUUUUUUCUUUGCUUUGUUCUUUUCCCUAUACAAUUAGCCAAACGGGUGCCAUAAAAGACUACUGUGUGCAAAACAAACCACGCUAUGGCUGGCUGCCACCAAUGUAUGGAUCCUCUGAUAUACAUAGGGGUCUAUUUAUGAAGCCUCAAUUUUUUCUGAUAAAGUUUUUUAGGGGAGAUUUUUUUAUUCUCCAAAGCUGCCAGAAAUCCAAAUACGAAAAAUACUCCAGCUAUACCUGUCGAAGUCAUGUAAAAGUCAAUGGAAGAUGUCCCUUUUACAAUUUAAAGGUGUUUCUUGUCUUCGUGAUCUACAAGGAUUUCAGUCUUUGUCUCCAAUCACAAUCUCAGAAGUAUUCAACAACUCCAAUGGCUCCUCAUUGCUCCCCAUACAAUGUGUCCGUGACACACAAAUCUCCAAAGUUGUGUUUCCAGUCCUCUACACCAUUGUGUUCUUUCUUGGAUUGUUGCUGAAUAGCUUCUCCGUCUGGAUUUUCUACAAAGUUCCCAGCCACACUGUUUUCAUAGUCUACCUAAAAAACACAUUGGCUGCUGAUUUCCUGAUGAUUUUCAUGUUACCUUUCAAGAUUCUUACAGAUUCUGGAAUUGGGUCAUGGCAAAUGAAAGCAUUUGUUUGCCGCUUUUCAUCAGUGGUAUUUUACAUAUCCAUGUACAUUAAUAUAAUACUUCUUGGACUCAUUGGACUUAAUCGUGUCCUAAAAAUUGCACGGCCAUUUGGGAAGAAGUGGGUGGAUAAUGUGCACAUUGCAAGAGCACUUUCCAUAGCAGCAUGGCUGCUAAUGUUUGGAAUAUCUAUACCAAAUAUGAUACUUUCUAAUGAAAAGGCAACACCGCUUAAUGUUAAGAAAUGUGCUUCUCUAAAAAGCAAACUUGGUAUGAAGUGGCAUGAAGCAGUAAUUCAUUUUUGUCAAUUUCUAUUUUGGACUACUUUUACCCUCAUGGUAAUAUUCUACACAAUUAUUUCAAAAAAGGUUUAUGAAUCAUACACAAAAUCUAGAAGCAAAGACAGCAGUACAACAAAGAAGACAAAAGCAAAGGUUUUCAUUAUAGUUGCAGUGUUUUUUCUUUGCUUUGCUCCUUUCCAUUUUGCAAGGGUUCCCUAUACAAUUAGCCAAAUGGGUGCCAUAAAAGACUGCAGUGUGCAAAACAAACUGUAUAUUGCUAAAGAGAUCACGCUUUGGCUGGCUGCUACAAAUGUGUGCAUGGAUCCUCUGAUAUACAUAGUGUUGUGCAAGCCAUUUCGACAACUGCUAACGAAGGGAUCCCGUUCUGCAACUACAAGUAUGGAAGCCCAGACCUUCCAAGAUUCAAGAGUGUAGCAUAGCUAAUAACAAACUGUGUUUGAUUUUAUCAUGCAUUUUCAUUUCAACAUUAUGGAUUGUAUUACAUUUUGACACAUAAAGAAAGAGUUUAAUGCUUUAUUGUGGUUGAAACUCAUUAGUGUUCACAAAGCGUUCACAUUCUAGAAGAAAAAAGAGUUGCACAUGUGAGCACAGGACACAAGUUUCAGGGGCAAAUUUGAAUUUAAAAUUGUAUUCUUGGAGAGAGAAGCAAAGCAGCAAAAUUCUACCUCUGAAUGGUACGCUCAGUAAAUAAAAUGUUGAUAAAUUCACAUGACUUUGUGAAUAUUGUGUAUUUAUAUGCAACUAUGCUUAUAGUUUUCAUAUGUUUUUAAUUAAAAGGAAUGUGAUUGUAUCUUGAAUAAAUGGCUGACAU